AAAAACUUUUUAAAAAAUAAUUGAAAAAAUGAAGUUCAAAGCUUUCUUUACAAUUUUAGUGUUCAUCACCAUUUCUGCCCUAAUGGUUGCAAUACCACAACGUGGAACUAUAUGUACUAUAUGGGGUAUUUGCUAAAAUUAAAACUUGUCAAAUAUUUUUCUUCACUAACUUUCGCGAUACUUUUUUCAUUAUUUUCGUAUAUUAUUUUCCCGAUAUUUUCUUGUGACUUCAUUUUUUGCAGUACUUUCUUUAUCAGUAUUUUCGCAGUGUUCCUUAUUAUUGAAUUGUAAUUUUGCUAAUAUUAAUAUUACUUUUAUGAUUCUUUUAUAUAACAAUAAAUAAAGAUUUUGAUACUUUGAAGUUGUUUGUAUCUCCGUAAAUU